AUGGGUGACUUUCUUCAAAGAAUUGCUGCGUUAAAUCGUGUGCGAGCUGUUUAUCAACCCAGGAUAGACCAAAGAGUGGUGGUGAGGCAACCGCGUGGACAGUACCGGGACGAUAUUCAUGAACUAAAUGACGAAAAUUUCCGAAAACGGUACCGGUUCACUAAAGCAGGAUUCAAUUAUGUGCUGAACAUCAUCGCCGAUGAAAUCCCCCCUGCUCAGAAUAAUCGAGGACACCCGAUUCCGCCGGUUAUUCAGCUACAAGUGGCCCUACGUUUCUACGCCACGGGAACAUUUCAGAUCGUUUGUGGUGACCUUAACAAUGUUUUGCAACCAGCAGCGAGUCGGAUAGUUGCCAAAGUAUCCCUAGCCAUUGCUAGAAAAGCGAGGAAUUACAUCCGAAUCCCGAAUGACAAUGAUGCCAUAAUGAUGCAUCACAAGUUCUUCGAAAAAAACAGCUUUCCACGUGUCUUGGGGUGCAUUGAUGGAACACAUGUACCCAUCCAGGCUCCAAGUGUGGCGAACAGAGAAAUCUACAGAUGCCGUAAAGGUUUCAUGUCUCUGAACGUGCAGGGAAUAGCCGAUGCAGACAUGAAGUUCAUUAACAUUGUAGCAAGGUGGCCUGGCUCCACGCACGAUUCGCGUAUUUUGGAUAACAGUAUGGUUUGUGCCCGUUUUGAAAAUGAUGAAUUUAACGGUCUGUUACUUGGAGAUUCCGGAUACCCUUGCAGGUCAUUUCUCAUGACUCCUUUCCGAAAUCCACAUGGUCACGCAGAAACCAGUUACAACACUGCACAGAAACGCACCCGUAGUGUUGUGGAACGCAUGUUUGGAGUUUGGAAACGCCGCUUUCCAUGCCUACGAACAGGCGUUCGUGUUAAACUGGACACAGCUAUGUUGAUCAUCACUGCAACAGCCGUGUUGCACAACAUUGCAGUCGACCUCGCCGAACCCGACUUCGACAGAGAUGCUCCGGAGCCAAUUGAUGAAGAACUCGCUAUUGAAGGGAAUGAUUUGCUGGGAAAUGCUGUGAGGCAAGCAAUCGUCCAGCAGUAUUUUCAAUAA